GUACAGCAACAGGGAAAACUCUCACACAAUUCGUCAGGGAAACACUUGAGGCAAUCAAAUUAGUUCUGAUCGCCGUUUCGCUUUAAGAGGGGGCACAACGGGGAUUUUGGGGAGCCGUGGAAGUAAAUACAGCAAUUGGUCACUUUAGGGAAUGGCAGCAUUUCAGACAGAACGAAAAACUAGUCUUCAAAUGGCAUCUAACGACUGCAGUUUUUUGCUGCUGCUGGCGAUUUUGACUUGCUGCAGUUUUUGGUGUGUUGAUGGACUUGAAAAUGGAUUGGCGAGGACGCCACCUAUGGGCUGGAUGCCGUAUGAAAGAUUUCGUUGCGUGACGGAUUGUGCAAAAUUCCCCAGGGAUUGCAUCAGUGAGUCUCUGUUUAAGCGUACUGCGGAUCUCUUGGUAUCUGAGGGAUAUGCGUCACUUGGCUACGAGUAUCUCAUAAUCGAUGACUGUUGGAUGGAACAAGAACGGAAUGCAAUUACGCGAAAACUAGUUGCCGAUCGAAAACGUUUUCCCAGCGGUCUUAAAGCACUCUCAAACUAUGCAAGUCCUGUUGGAAUUUCUUGCCUAUUUCAUUUGCAUUUCAUUCACAUUUCAACAGAUUCAUGAAAGAGGCCUGAAGUUUGGUCUUUAUCACGAUAUUGGCCUGAGAACUUGCAUGGAUGUGGGACCGGGUGCCCAAGGACACUUCUCACUCGAUGCCGAGACCUUUGCCAAUUGGGGCGUGGACUAUGUUAAGCUGGAUGGCUGCUUUGCCAAGCACAUGGACUUGGAUACUGCCUAUCCACAAUUUGGCAGGGCAUUAAAUAGAACGGGUCGACCCAUGGUCUAUUCCUGCAGUUGGCCAUUCUACAAAAAGAUGCCCAACUACGAGCUUAUCAAAACCCACUGCAAUCUCUGGAGAUUUACGGAGGAUGUUGAGGAUUCUCAUCUAUCUGUGAUUCGCAUCAUGUACAAUUAUUUUAAAAACCAAAAUACAUUGGUCAAGAAUGGCGGCCCUGGGCAUUGGAAUGAUCCAGAUAUGUUGGUGCUUGGCAACUUUAUGCUGAGCUAUGAGGCAAGUCGUCUUCAACUGGCCAUGUGGGCGGUAAUGGCAGCUCCUCUAAUAAUGACCAAUGAUUUGGAGACUGUGCGUCCUGAAAUUAAGGCAUUAUUACAGAAUCGAGAUAUAAUCCAAGUGGAUCAGGAUGUGCUUGGCAUUCCGGGCGAAUUAGCACUCACUUCCGGAAAUGUACAGGUCUGGCUACGACCCAUUAUGCCCAUUAAUAACGAGGGCCUUCACUCCUAUGCCGUGGCAUUUGUGCUUCAUGGACAAAAUCCCCCCUGCCCCUUGUGCCCACAGACAUUUGAAGCUCUCCUGGAACACUUGGGUCUUAAGAAUGCUAUGGGUUACUCGGUUAAUGAUCUGUUUAAUAUAAGUAACUAUUUGGGAUUGUAUAAGCCAAAGGAUAAAUUUAAAACUCGAAUCAAUCCACAAGGAGUCAGCUUUUAUAAAUUCACAGCAGAAGAUUUUUAUUAAUGAAAAAUAAUUUAAAAAAAAGAAAAUAUUAUCAAAAUCUAUUUUAGUAAAUGUAGCAUAUAUAAUUGA